CUCUAAUCACCCACCAGUCUUCCCUAUAGCGAGCCCAAAACUACCGCCACAUUCCCACCCAAAGCACACUCAGCAACGCCCCGCUCAAGCAUCACCAUGGGAGGGGAUCACAAAUGCCCUCUCUGCGAAGCCACUUUCACUCGUCCUCAACAUGUCGGUAGACACUUGCGAGCACAUACGGGUGAUAGACCGUACGAAUGUAAAGAAUGUCCUUUGAGAUUUGCCAGAAGUGACCUUCUCUCUCGUCAUGUCAACAAAGCUCAUCGAGCCCCCGAAGAAGGUGGAGGCAAACCAAUGGCAUCGAAGAAAGGAAGGAGGAAAUCCAUGCCCACUACUGCUCAUCCACGUCAGAACAAUACCGAUCCUGUCCUGGAUGAUCCAAAUAAGCUCAAGAAACCUACAAUGACCAGGAAUCGUAGUCAUUCACUGGUAGACGCUGCCAACGUGUUUUCCACCCCCGGUACAGACGUCUCAGAACCUCACCCGGCUCUGCAAGCUCAGAGAAUGUACCCACAUCAUCCCCUAUUGGCCAAUCCGGAUCUCCAAACGACCGGUCCUCUACAGAACACGACUCAAUGGAGCAACUUUACCUCGUUGGAUGGCCUGAACAGCGCACCGCUCACGACUGCCGUCCCGCUCACAAAUGUCUCGCCUAUUCAAGGCAUUGACACUUCGGCGUAUACAGGACAAAUGAAAUUCCCCAUGCAAUUCUCGACUUCGGAUCACGGCAUCGGAUCCAGCUCGAUGGGUAGGAAUUCCAGCAGCUCAUCCUCAAUCAGCUAUGACUAUGUCAAAAAGCGAGCGUGUGACCAGUGCAGCCACUCCAAGGUCCGCUGCGAUUUUGCAGAGCCAUGUCAACGUUGCUCGACCCGUAAUAUCGCCUGCAGCUAUACCAAGACCCCCAAGUCUCGUGUACUAUCCUCCUUCCCAGCUCAAAGACAGAGCUAUCCGGGUUCACCUUUCCGGUCAAGUACAUUGCCCGGAUUGUCCAUCUCGCCUGUGGCAUUCACACCAUCACCUUUGGGUGGUGGUACCCUGAUGGCGCCGAACUCGAUUACCGGGACCAGCGUGUCUCCCACCUCGAUCCCAUCGACCCUCCUUCCGAACCUGCAACAGACCCCAAGCACCAUGGUCUGGUCUCCCAACAGUCUCUCUGAUGGGCAACCGACACCGAUCAACCCGCAAAUGCUCCAAGCUGGCAACUCUCUGUCGGCACCUCAACCUCUGCACAUGGGCGCGAACACUGUUCAGAUGAGCAAUCUCUCACCUGCCAAUCUGCCACUCAACACCUUUGCCCCGACGCCUUCUUUGACGAGUCUCACGACGAGCCCGUCAGGAUCCGAGGAACCAGUCGAGAGGCGAGGUAGCCAGACGAGCAGCCUGACAUUUACGAACCCCCUGCUCACCACCACUAAUCUGAAGCAUCAGAAUGCAACUCUUGGUGUCGAUGGGACGCAGAUGAACCCUUCACUUGGCAUGGGGUACAACUCGGGAAUGCAGACUGAUCUCAAUAAUUUUCGAUUCGGCGGCAUGCAAGAUGGAACCAUUGAUCCCCGUAUACAGUUUCGCAAUCAGGCACUAAUCGAAGAUGACGAGGAGACCGCAUCAAAUCCUAAGACGGCUCCUCCUACCGCUCAUGGGAACGCACCGGUAUCUGCCGUCAAGGCGCUGAACGAGCUCGACUUUGACAAGAUGAAGGAGGAUCUGAACCAACGUCGUCGGUCGAGUAUCGGAUUGUGGGGAUUCAACAACAUGUCGCUUCGGGAUGGUAAUGGAGAAAACACAAUUCCUGAUCCAUUCACAGCCAGCAUGAUGGCCCAGGAGCACCAACGAAAUAUCGAACAGCUUCAUCGGCACAUUGCAGCUGCAGCGUCGGGCCAGAAGGAUCAGAAUACUCAAGGGCAGACCAACAACUGGAACACUGUACCCCGAGUAGCUCCCGGCGGUGCGGCAAUUAACACCAAUGACGCCAAAGAUAUCUGGAAGACAUUCAUGGCGGAUCCGAGCGGAUCUCAAGGAGUCCAAGGCAGUAGUAGCAAUGUCAAUCGACCAGACAUGUCUGCGCGAAGCUUGUCGAAAUCUAGUUCCAUGCCCGAUCUUCAAUCGCCAUUCGAGGAGCCAGCCCAGAUUCCCCAUCCUCCCGUGAACCAUGCACCAAAGGUGCAAGACGAUACGGAUGCCAUGAAAAGGUGGCGUAAUGAGAUCCGAAAUCGUCAAUCUCAAACGACGUUUGCACUCGCCCCUGGAAGCACAACCACCGGUGGAAACAAGAUGAAGCUUGAUCCCGCGGCAUUCCUGGAAGGUCUCGCUGGACAGUUUGGCAACGGAAUGUCGCGCCCCGUCGCCUCUGUCUUUCAAUCUUCGGCCUUGCAACAGACUCUAGCACCCGAACGAACGCCGUCAUUCGGGUUGGAGAACCUUCCGACCCCGUUCCGAGCGGCCUUUGCGUUCCCUGGUAUGAGCUCUUCUGUCGGUACGAGACCGGGUCUAGGCUCCAACCUGUCAAAUCAGAGCAAUACUGGCGCUUGGCCAUGGAAAGCGACGAGUGUAUCUGCUAGACCUGGAGCCAAACGACUUGCGAGUCAGACGCUGGUGGCCGAUGCACCGAAAGUCGGUCGUUUGGGUGGAGGAGGCGGGGCAACAUUCACUUUUUGGGAUGAUGAUGAUGGUGCUGGGGGAGCUGGAGGUAUGGAUGGAUUAGACAUGGUCGGUUCAAUGGGUUCAGGUCUGACUCCGACCAUUGCUGGAGAUGUGAAAGUGGGUUAGUAGCUGGUGUACAAAGGAGUGGGAUGUCCAGGAGGAUCGUUGCGAGUUCAACUUGGGACAUGAGAAACGGGACGAACGGACAUGUUCUGGGAACAGAAGUGGGAAAAAGAGGACCUUUUUUGGCUUCUUCAAACGUUGUAGCGAUAGUAAAAGAGACAGGAACAUUUCAAUCAAAGACAUAGUGUAGCUUUUGUUUGGGUAUCAAGAACAAGAAGAGAGAAGAUGAUCACGGAUGAAUGGGUUCAUCUCUUGAACGGGUAGGGUGUGGCAUGGCCAAUGUCU